ACCUGCAUUUCUCGCUUCCAUAACUCACUCUCAGACUCUCACACUUCUUCUUCUUCACUAUAUACGUAUAUGCUUAUAUAUACACACACACAAACAUAUAUGUGUUUUUAUUUACCGACAUGCCGAUCCAUAUGAUUGUCUGACAUAUGGUUGUCCUAGAUCAAGGUCGAACAUGGCGAAUUUUCUCGCUCAGUUCCAGACAAUCAAGAAUUCCUGUGAUCACCUCGUUAUCGCUGUUGAAGACGUCAGUGAUUUGUGGCCUACCAUCAAGAAUGGAUUCGAGGAGCGGUUUCCAUUGAAGAGGGCUUACUUGAAUAACAAGACCAGAAAUCCUGUGCCUGUAGAUAAUUUACCUGCUGUACUUAUAUUAACAACAGAUGCGAGGCUUCGCAGUCGGUUCCCGCAUGAGCAAUAUUUAUUUUGGUUCCGGGAGCCAUAUGCAACUAUUGUCCUUAUUACCUGUGAGGAUCUUGAUGAGUUCAAAACCAUCCUUAAACCCCGCCUGAAAUUGAUUGUCCAAAAUGAUGAACGGGAAUGGUUUAUUGUUUUUGUCUCUAAGGCUCAUCCCAAUAAUGAUCAGGCUACCAAAAUGGCAAAGAAAGUAUAUGCCAGACUGGAAGUUGAUUUUAGUUCCAAGAAGAGAGAGAGGUGCUGCAAGUUUGAUUUACAUAGACCUGAAGCAAAUUUUUGGGAAGACUUGGAAUCCAAGAUUGUGGAAUGUAUAAGAAAUACCUUGGAUAAGCGUGUCCAGUUUUAUGAGGAUGAGAUACGCAAGCUCAGUGAACAACGGUUCAUGCCAGUGUGGAACUUCUGCAAUUUUUUUAUUUUGAAGGAAAGCUUGGCUUUUAUGUUUGAGAUGGCUCAUCUUCAUGAAGAUGCUUUAUGUGAAUACGACGAACUAGAGCUUUGUUAUUUAGAAACAGUCAAUAUAACUGGGAAACAAAGGGACUUCGGAGGAGUAGAGCAUGGUGAUGAUCAGGCAACGUUGCUUAAUCCUGGGAAAAAACCAUUGACACAGAUUGUUCAGGAUGACUCAUUUCGGGAGUUUGAAUUUAGACAGUAUGUCUUUGCCUGUCAAUCGAGGCUUCUGUUCAAGCUGAAUCGCCCCUUCGAGGUUGCAUCAAGGGGCUUCUCAUUCAUUAUAAGCUUCUCAAAGGCCCUAACAAUGCAUGAGAAUAUUCUACCUUUUUCUAUGCGUGAGAUUUGGGUGAUAUCUGCUUGCAUGGAUUUGAUCGAUGCAACUGCUUCAAAUUAUAACGAAGGACUUGCACCACUUGAUAUAGAAAAGGAGUUCUAUCGACUUCAGGGUGACCUUUAUUCUCUAUGCAGAGUUAAGUUCCUGAGACUUGCUUAUUUGAUUGGAUAUGGAACAAAUAUGGAAAGAAGCCCUGUCAACAGUGCUUCACUCAGCAUGCUACCUUGGCCCAAGCCAGCAGUUUGGCCCUCAGUUCCACCUGAUGCUUCGUCCAAGGUGCUGGCAAAAGAAAAGUUGAUUCUUCAAGAAACUCCAGCAAUCAAGCACUUUGGCAUUCAAAGGAAACCAUUGCCCCUUGAACCAUCUUUACUUCUCCGUGAGGCUAAUCGGCGCAGAGCUUCUCUUUCUGCUGGAAACAUGCUUGAAAUAUCAGGUUCAGAUGCAAUGUCAAAGAUGUUCCCAUCACAUAAAGCACAAACAAAUUCCAUGACACGUACUAAUUCUUCACCAGGACUGGACAGCUCGAUAGAUCGACCUAUGAGACUUGCGGAAAUUUAUGUUGCUGCAGAAUAUGCUUUGCACAGCACAAUUUCCAAUCCUGAGCUAUGGAAGUCUUUCUCAUCGGUAGAAGAGUUUGAGCAAAAAUAUUUGGAGUUAACAAAAGGUGCUGCAGACAAUUAUCAUCGCUCCUGGUGGAAAAGACAUGGAGUUGUUCUUGAUGGUGAAAUAGCAGCUGUCUACUUUAAGAAUGGAAACUUCGAUCUAGCUGCAAAGUCAUAUGAGAAGGUUUGUGCCCUUUAUGCCGGUGAAGGAUGGCAGGAUCUAUUAGCUGAAGUCCUGCCCAAUUUAGCAGAGUGCCAGAAGAUACUCAAUGAUCAAGCUGGUUACCUAUCAUCUUGUGUGAGAUUGCUUUCUCUAGACAAAGGCUUAUUUUUAACCAAAGAACGUCAAGCUUUUCAGUCAGAAGUUGUUCGUCUUGCACAUAGUGAAAUGAAGCAACCUGUGCCUCUAGAUGUAUCAUCAUUGAUCACAUUUUCUGGCAAUCCUGGGCCUCCAAUAGAAUUAUGCGAUGGAGACCCUGGUACUCUUUACGUAACUGUUUGGAGUGGCUUUCCUGAUGAUAUAACACUUGACUCACUUAGUCUGACACUGAUGGCUACUUUUCAAGCUGAUGAAGGUGUUAAGGCACUGAGGAGCUCUACUGCUAUUGUACUAAAACCUGGUCGCAAUACAAUUACCUUGGAUUUACCACCCCAAAAACCAGGUUCCUAUGUCUUGGGGGUUCUUACAGGGCAGAUAGGGCACUUAAGUUUCAGGUCUCACAGCUUUUCAAAGGGUGGUCCUGCAGAUAGUGAUGAUUUCAUGAGUUAUGAAAAGCCUACAAGACCGAUCUUGAAGGUUUUCAAAUCAAGACCUCUGGUUGAUCUUGCCACAGCUGUUUCAUCUGCUUUGCUUAUAAAUGAAUCCCAGUGGGUUGGGAUAAUAGUAAGACCCCUUAACUACUCCCUUAAGGGUGCUGUAUUGCAUAUUGAUACUGGUCCUGGCCUCGGAAUUGAAGAGUCACACGUCAUUGAGAUGGAGAGCUAUGCAGAUUUAACAAAUGGUUCCACAGAAACGGUCACUAAUGGUGCUCUAGAAAAUGGUUCUUCGACUGUCAAUAAAGAUUUUGAGCAGUUGACUCUUCAUGAUGGUAGAAUAGAGUUUCCAGAUUGGGCAAGCAAUAUGACAUCUAUUUUAUGGAUUCCAGUUCGUGCUAUCAGUGACAAGCUUGCAAGAGGAUCCUCUUCAGCUACUCCCCAGCGAACGAACAUUGUGGAUGGAAUGAGGACUGUAGCCUUAAAACUUGAAUUCGGAAUAUCUCAUAACCAGACUUUUGAAAGGACCUUAGCUGUGCAUUUCACUGAUCCUUUCCAUGUGAGCACUAGAGUUGCAGAUAAAUGCCACGAUGGUACUUUGCUUCUGCAGGUUAUACUACAUUCUGAAGUUAAGGCUGCAUUAACUAUCCACGAUGCUUGGCUUGAUCUUCAAGAUGGAUUUGUUCAUGCUGAUCGAGGCGAUGGGAGACCAACUUCAGGCUUCUUUCCACUGGUAAUUUCCCCAGCUUCCAAAGCAGGAAUCUUGUUCAGCAUACGUUUAGGGAAGACAGAUGCUGAAGAUGCAUCUAACGUUCUAGAGUCGGAUAGCAUACUAAAUGUUAGAUAUGGGAUUUCUGGUAAUAGAAGUGUUGGAGCACACCCUCCAGUUAGCACAAAGCAUUCAGCAACAGAGGAUGCUAAACAAGAUUUAGUUUUCCAGAGUGCUCUCGUUUUGCAAAGGCCCGUCCUGGACCCAUGCUUAGCUGUUGGUUUUCUUCCUCUCCCUUCUAGUGGCCUUAGAGUUGGCCAGCUUGUUACCAUGAAGUGGAGGGUUGAAAGGCUAAAAGAUUUUGAAAAUGAAGUUCCACAGCAUCAUGAUGAGGUGCUAUAUGAAGUCUAUGCAAACACUGAUAACUGGAUGAUUGCUGGAAGGAAAAGAGGACAUGUUUCUCUCUCUGCAAAGCAAGGUUCAAGGAUAGAAAUCUCUAUAUUGUGUGUGCCUCUAGUGGCGGGUUAUGUACGGCCACCUCAACUUGGGCUACCGGAUGUCGUUGAGGCAAACAUAAGUUGUAAUCCACCUGGACCCCACCUGAUUUGUGUGUUGCCUCCAGCUCUGAGCUCCUCCUUUUGCAUUCCUUUGAUGAUGUCUGCUAGUUCCUCAGUUUUUCUCCGGCAUUCUAUGCGUCUUGCAGUUUUCCAACGGAGCAUUUUUUUUUCAAAUGAAUCAGAUUCAUGGCAUUGCUAUAUACUUGGGCCCCAAAUUGGAUACCCGGAAUUUUGUAUAUCCCUGUUUCUUUUUCCUUUUAAAUUAACAAAAUUAGAUUUAAAAGGUAGGUUUUUUAUUGUUACACUGUCAUUAUGUCCUUUUGAGACCUUAGUCUUGUAUAGCAGAAUUUGUACUUUUCUUGUACAACACAGCGUCUCAUUUUCUUUUGGUUUCUUGCUGUAAAAUCUACCUAUCUGAUAGGAAAUUAUGACUAAGGGAUUCAUUAUUCUA